GGACCGCCCCGCUAGACUCUCUUUCUUCCUGGUUUCUCCUCUUUCUGCUGGCCGCGCGUUUACGGACACUUGGACACUAUGGCAAAGGGCUUCUUGAGCGCCCUCAAGGGCGUAGAUGCCUUCGGUAAGACGAUGGAGGACGUGAAGGUCAAGACACGGACUGGCGCGCUCUUGACCCUCAUUGCCGCGGCAAUUAUCACCUCGUUCACAACAAUUGAAUUUUUCGACUACCGUCGCGUCAAUGUCGACACCUCCAUCGUGGUCGACAGGAGUAGAGGAGAAAAGCUGACUGUGAACAUGAACGUCACGUUCCCCCGCGUGCCUUGCUAUUUGCUUAGCUUGGACGUCAUGGACAUCAGCGGUGAGACCCAGUCCGACAUCACACACAACAUCCUGAAGACACGCAUGGACGAGCGUGGGUUCCCCGUCCCGACUACGGUCAUCACCGAGCUCCAGAACGACCUGGACAAGAUCAACAGCCAGCGCGAGGGCGGCUACUGCGGGUCUUGUUACGGCGGUGUCGAGCCCGAGGGUGGCUGCUGUAACACAUGCGAGGACGUACGGCAGGCAUACGUGAACCGUGGAUGGAGCUUCAACCGGCCAGAUUCGAUCGAGCAGUGCGUGCAAGAGGGCUGGUCCGAGAAGCUCAAGGAGCAGGCGACCGAGGGAUGCAACAUCGCUGGUCGUGUACGUGUGAACAAGGUCGUUGGCAACAUUCACCUCUCCCCCGGUCGCUCGUUCCGCACGAGCUCUCACAGCCUCUACGAGCUUGUGCCGUACCUGAAAACGGAUGGCAACCGCCACGACUUCACCCACACGAUCCACCACCUCGCCUUCGAGGGUGAUGACGAGUGGGAUCUGGCGAAGGCAAAGCUCGGCAAGGAGCUCAAGCAGCGCCUCGGUAUUGCUGCGAAUCCUUUGGACGGCACCACCGGCCGGACGAUCAAGCAGCAGUACAUGUUCCAGUACUUCCUCAAGGUCGUCGCCACCCAGUUCCGGACCCUGAGCGGCAAGACUAUCAACACUCACCAGUACAGCGCUACGCACUUCGAGCGUGACCUGGACAAGGGCUCGCAGGAAAACACUCCCACCGGCGUACACGUUGCGCACGGUAACGGCGGCAUCCCCGGCGCGUUCUUCAACUACGAGAUCUCCCCGCUCCGCAUCGUCCACGCCGAGACACGGCAGUCCUUCGCACACUUCCUCACCUCAACAUGCGCCAUCGUCGGCGGUGUGCUCACCGUCGCGUCGCUGAUCGACAGCGCGCUGUUCGCGACGCGCAAGGCGCUGAAGAAGACCGGGCACAGCUCGCCCGUGAACGGCGGGUACACAAACGGCAAGCUCAUGUAAAUUGUUUCCUAUAUAGUGGUGGCUGGUCUGCAUCGUCUCGUCGCAUUGCACUCGUUCGUUUUCCUUUGGAUCAUGUACUCGUAUACCGCGCAAUCGAGGUGGAUUCUCCGG